AUUGGAGACCCUAAAGCUGGGUACCUGUUAGAAUGACCAUGUCCAAGGUGGAGGAAGAUGAGGGUCGAGACAACUACGAGCCCAUCAAGCGACUGGCCAUGGUUCAAAUCCAACCGCCGCGAAACCCUUGCAAACCUUUCACAUCGUUCUGCAUCAAAGACAUUCUGGGGGCUCCCAACGCUGGAGCGGAGGAUAAACACAACUCGUUUGAGGACCGCUCGAACACCCAAAGCCAAGCGCACCACAAACCCCACAACCACCAGACACCACAACGGGACAACCACCACCCCAGACACAAGACAGCGCAGCGUGCGACAGAAUUAAACAGGCUGCACGCUGACAUGAGAAACAACAGCGGGCAGAACGUGGCUCGGGGUAGGAAUUCCUACAGCGGCAAAGAAGGCCAGCUGCUGAACCUCUGCAAAUCUGAAUACAGCCGUGAGAGCUUCAGAGCGGCGCUGUCCAUCAGCCCGCCCCUCCGGUCUCCUAUCAACGGCCGGGGUAAGUCCAUGCUCCCGGGGCUCCCCUCCCCUUUACAACAACUCACCCACAGGAGCAUGUUACACCUCAGCCCUCAGACCAAACCCGUCAACCUGACCACGAAAAUUGUCCGACCUUGGGACAACCUUGACCCGGAAGAGACCUCCCCGGUGUCUAUCCGCACCUCCUCCACGCCCUGCGCGGGCGCCAUCCUCACGGCCAGCGAGGCGUCGUCCGAUGACGAGGACGAGGAGAUCACUGUGGACGACGAUGACCCUCCUCCUAAGGUGAUACCCACCAGCAAGAAAUCGUCAGUGUCGCCCCUGGACGCGCUCAUGGCUAUGACCAGCAAAACUUUUGAAGGCCUUGAGGGGUCAGGCUCUGCUGACGCCAAACGUAAAGACCAAGCCGCCUUGUUCGGCAAACACCAGCCGCCUAAGAAACGCAGAAAGUCCAGAACCGCCUUCACCAACCAGCAGAUCUACGAGCUGGAGAAACGGUUCUUGUACCAGAAGUACCUGACGCCCGCCGACCGGGACGAGAUCGCUGCCAGCCUGGGUCUGACCAACGCCCAGGUCAUCACGUGGUUCCAGAACCGCCGAGCCAAGCUCAAGCGGGAUUUGGAGGAGCUGAAGAACGACGUCACCGCCGCGAAGAAGCUCCCGAUUCAGAAAUCGAUUCCCGGGUCGUUGGUGGAGAUGGAACUGAGAAAAGUCCAAGAGAAAACGUUGAGGGAUAGUUUCAACAACGGGGGUCUGCAGUCCCCUUCGUCGUCGUCUUUAGCCAGCCUGAGCGACGACGCCACCCCCGCGCACAGCCCGGGAGACCACAGCGAUGAAGAAGACCCAGGGGUCAUGCGGCUGCGCGGGGAGCAACCGAUGGAAUCCGAGUGCUGUGAUGACAAUGACAAUGACGUCAGCGAGGACGAGCGCGACGCCGAGGACAAACCGGAUAUGACGUCGUUCAGUAGCUGCGGGGCAGACGAUAAGCUCGCGGCGAAAAGUAAAUGUGACCUGAUGAUCAGAGACGAGUACCACCCGGGCUCGAUGCGGGAUAAACCCAUCGAGACAGAGGCGGAGGUGGCGUCGUGAAAUAUUCAUAAAUAUUCAAGUCUGAAACUUCGUCGUUACUUACAUGAUUUUUAAAAACAAUU